AUUUGUUAUCAUGGUCGUUCACAACCCUAACAAUUGGCAUUGGAUAGAUAAGAAUUGUCUUCCUUGGUCAAAGACAUACUUUGAUGAACAUGUUGUUAAAACUAAGGUUGAGCAAAAUGAUUAUAAAUUCUUUUUAAACUCGGUUGACUCAGUUACUGGUGACUGUGAUGUCACUCAAAGAAAGGGUAAAGUAUUAUGUAUUUAUGAUAUGAAACUACAAUUUCAAGUUGAAGUUCAGUAUAAAGACGAAGAAAAUAAACUGAAUGCCAAAAUUACUGUUCCCGAGUUUGUCCAUGAUCAAGACGAAGACGAAUACGUUUUUGAAAUUGAUGCAGACGACCAUAAAAGUGAAAUCAGAAAGAUUUUUGUUCCUGUUUUGAAAUCGAAAUUAAUGAAGUUUCAAGAUGACUUGAUAAAAGCUCACGAAAAAGACGUUCAACAUGCUACAAGUUAGUAUAUCGCAUAAAGGUUUUAUUUCAUUAGAUUUUAGUCAUUAGUAUUCAUUAUAAAC